CAGAGAGAGGUUAGGGUAAAAGGGUAGUGCGCUUCAACUUCCAGAACAGCUUUUCUGUUCUCCAAUCACUGCCUUUUUUCACCUCCUGUCCCUCCUCCCUCUCUGUGUCUCUUUCUUUUUCUGCCUUUCGGUGGCUGUUUGGCUUCAGUGGGUCUUUGCCAUCACACUACAAUGACUGCUGUAGCUGUAGCCUCCCUGCAGUGAGCAUUCUGAGGUUAUGCUGCCCGAAAGUUCCCAGUUGAGUCUGAGUGAAAGAGAAAAGGGCUAAAGCCAGCGCACUUUACAGCACUACACACAAACCUGACCAUAAGCAAUGAGUGACCCUCAGGAUGCCAGUGACGUCACUUCAGCCGCAGGCUUGACGAAGCAUUUGCCUGUUGCAGUGCAUUCUCCGCCCCAGCGAUGUGAUGAUGAUGAUGAAGGGGACUUGAACAAGACACUGGGAGUGCAGCGUUUCCAGCAGAUCCUCACACCCCCCCAGCGCGUGCCCAUCGAACAACACCGCACCUUUAAUGAGGAGGACUUUGAGUAUCACCGUCACACCUCUCUACACAUUCACCACCCUCUGUCUAAACACCUCCCAGAGGGCCGGAGGAAAAAGCCCGGAAGAAAGCGGAAGGACUCAGGACGGAGGAGGAGUUCAUCUAUGGGAUCAGCUCCCCCGAUAGAUGAGGAUGAAGAGGAUGAAGAGGUGGAUGAAGAUUCUUGUAGCCAGCAGGAUAAAGAGGGCAAUGUCACCACCACACCUACACCGGAAACGGACACAGAGGUGGACGCACAGUUUUUUGUAUCAGAAGAUGAUCCCGACUCCACUGUAAAGAAGAACGGUAAAGACUCACCACAACGAAAGCUGCCAAUCAUACCCCAUUCAACGCUUCACACCAGUAUCAGCAUCCCAGAAAAUGUUGCAACAACUGCGGGCAGAAAUUGGGUUCGUAAUCUGCCCAAUGGCAGACGAGUUUCUGCACCAUGUUUGUUUCCAAGUUUGAGUUCUGGCCGCAGCUAUGAUCUGCAGGAGCGCCGCCGGACGGGCAACAUGACAGGCACUUCACUAGAGCACUACCAAUACAUGCCUACUGACGAGAGCGAGGCACAGACGCUCGCCACCGUUGACCUGGAUGGCAUUAAAAGUCACAGGUUUGAAGAUGUCCCUGGUGUGCGGCGGCACCUGGUUAAGAAAAGCGCUAAAGGUCAGGUGGUUCACAUCGGCAAGGACCACAAAGAGCCCAGCAGUCGUAUCCGGACCAAGUUGGAUCGAACCCCACAUGAGGUGUUUGUCGAGCUGAAUGAGUUACUGAUGGAUAAGAACCAGGAGAUGCACUGGAAGGAAACAGCUCGUUGGAUAAAGUUUGAGGAGGAUGUUGAGGAGGAGACGGAGCGCUGGGGCAAACCUCAUGUAGCUUCACUCUCAUUCCGCAGCCUGCUGGAGCUCCGCAAGACCAUUUCACAUGGUGCAGUGUUGUUGGAUCUGGACCAGAAGACGCUGCCUGGUAUUGCUCAUCAGGUUGUGGAGCAGAUGAUUAUCUCAGAUCAAAUCAGAGCACAGGACAGAGCCAAUGUGCUCCGAGCCCUGCUCCUCAAACACAGUCAUCCGAGUGACGGCAAGGAGCACAGCUUAUUUAAACGGAACAUCUCAGCAACCAGCCUUGGCUCUCUCAUAUCUCAUUACCAUAGCAGUAACCAUAUCGCUGCACCGGAGCCCCCUGCCACAGACCCGCUCAUCGGAGGACUACGUAACUUUGAGUCACGCAUUAGUGUAGACUCAGAUAGGAAUGAGAAAGACACACCCCAGUUUUUUGGUUUGCACAAGACCAAAUCUAAACAUGAGCUGAAGCUGCUUGAGAAGAUUCCAGAGGAUGCAGAAGCAACCGUUGUCCUUGUGGGUAGUGUGGAUUUCCUGGACCAGCCCACCAUGGCCUUUGUGAGACUGCAGGAAGCGGUUCUGUUAGAGUCAGUUCUAGAAGUGCCGAUUCCAGUGCGCUUUCUUUUUGUGUUGCUCGGCCCUCCCAAUGCCAACAUUGACUACCACCAAAUCGGCCGCUCCAUAUCAACACUUAUGUCUGAUAAACACUUCCAUGAAGUGGCGUAUUUGGCAGAUGAGCGGCAGGACCUGCUGACAGCAAUCAACAGCUUCCUGGACUGCAGUAUUGUGCUUCCUCCAUCUGAGGUUGGAGGAGAUGAGCUGCUGCAUUCUAUCGCUCGCUUCCAAAAAGAGAUACUGCACAAGAGACAUGAACAAGAGGUCAAACUACAGGCCAAGGAACCCAAGAGCCCCGAGGACAUUGCUCUUCAUCCUCCUCUGAAACCUGAAGACGAUCCUCUUCGGAGGACGGGUCGGCUGUUUGGCGGGGUUAUCCGAGAUGCACGGCGCCGCUACCCCAAAUACAUCAGUGAUUUUAAAGAUGCCCUAAGUCCUCAAUGCAUGGCCACAGUCAUUUUCAUUUACUUUGCUGCCCUUUCUCCUGCCAUCACCUUUGGAGGACUUUUGGGUGAAAAGACAGAUGGUUUGAUAGGUGUGUCCGAGCUGAUUAUUUCCACUGCCGUGCAGGGAAUGUUGUUCUGUCUGCUUGGGGCUCAACCUCUGCUGGUGGUGGGCUUCUCUGGACCCCUUCUAGUGUUUGAAGAGUCCUUCUAUUCAUUCUGUAAGUCCAGUGAAAUCGAGUAUCUGACAGGACGUUUGUGGAUUGGAAUCUGGUUGAUCAUCAUUGUAGUUCUCACGGUGGCCUUUGAAGGGAGCUUCCUGGUGCGAUUUGUGUCACGCUUCACCCAAGAGAUCUUCUCCUUCCUUAUCUCUCUCAUCUUCAUCUACGAGACCUUCUUCAAGCUGGGCAAAAUCUUCAUGGAUCAUCCACUCAGAAGCUGCAGUGGGCGAGAAGAAAAUGACACUGCUUUACCAACACCCACAAGUGACGGCAGGUCUCCAGAUGCCUCUCAAACCCUAAACCAGCCAAACACAGCUCUCCUCUCCCUGGUGCUCACGGCCGGCACCUUCUUCAUUGCCUUCUAUCUGCGAAAAUUCAAGAACAGCGCUUUUUUCCCUGGCACGCUCCGAAGGGCUAUUGGAGAUUUUGGAGUUCCUAUUGCAAUCUCCAUCAUGGUUCUGUUGGACUACAGCAUUAAGGACACUUACACACAGAAACUAAGUGUGCCUGAUGGCUUCUCUGUGACCAGCCCUGACAAGCGUGGUUGGUUAAUACACCCACUGGGCUCUGAUGGCCAGUUCCCCAUUUGGAUGAUGGUUGCCAGCAUUCUACCUGCCCUGCUCGUCUACAUCCUCAUUUUCAUGGAGACUCAAAUCACCACGCUUAUUGUGAGCAAGAAGGACAGGAUGCUGGUUAAGGGUUCAGGGUUUCACUUGGACCUGCUGAUCAUCGUGGUUGCGGGAGGUGUUUCAGCGUUGUUUGGGCUGCCGUGGUUGACCGGUGCUACAGUUCGUUCUGUAACUCAUGCAAAUAGCCUCACAGUGAUGAGCAAAGCUGUUGCACCUGGUGACAAACCACGCAUUCAGGAAGUGAAAGAGCAGAGAGUAACAGGAUUUCUGGUGGCUCUUCUAGUAGGUCUGUCCAUUGUGAUUGGAGAUGUUUUGCGGCAGGUUCCUAUCGCUGUGUUGUUUGGUAUAUUCCUCUAUAUGGGAGUGAUGUCUCUCAAUGGGAUCCAGCUAACAGAACGCAUGAUGCUGCUAUUUAUGCCACCGAAGUACCAUCCUGACCACACCUAUGUCCGCAAGGUGCGUACUCUACGCAUGCACCUGUUCACAUGUUUGCAGCUGGUGUGCCUGGCUGUGCUGUGGGCUGUAAUGUCAACCUCGGCCUCGUUAGCCUUCCCGUUUGUUCUUGUCCUCACUGUGCCAUUCAGAAGGUUCCUGCUGUCCCGAAUAUUUACUCACCGUGAGAUACAAUGUCUUGACGCAGAUGAUGCAGAGCCGUCUUCAGAUGACAAAGAAGGCCAAGACGAAUAUACAGAGAUGCAAAUGCCGGUAUGACCUCAUUCCUCACCUGUCACUACCUGGGCUGGCCUGACUUUCUUUUCAGUCAGAGAUGUCCAGAUGUACUGCCUGGUUUUUUUUUUUCAUUAAUCAGUUUUUAUCUCCAUUUUGUUUCCCCCAUUUUGUUUUUGCUUAAAUUAUGUAGACAUUAUAUUUAUACAUAUGUACAAGUAUUAAGAGGUUACUCAAUGUCACCUGAGCAACUAUGUAUCUGUUGCGUGAAGAAAUCUUUGUCACCUGUACUAUUAAUAUAUAUUUUUUCUGUUUAUUUAUCAGAGUUGAAAUGUUGUCGUACUAUGUGUGUGUUUUGGAGGGUUAAAUGAAUUUAUGAUAUCCAGUCAGCUCAAAAUGACACAGGAAGCACUUUAAGGUACAUUUGAAAUGAAGCCUUUUCUACUGCUUAUCAGUUCGUUUUAUUUCAUUGCAAGGUGACAUACAAUGUACUCCUAAAAAUGAACAACUGUACAGAAUGACAUUAAUGCAAAUUAUAUAUGGUUAAUAUUUUUGUAGCUAAACAGAAAUAAUACACAGAUUUAUGCUGUAUUCAACUCAAAAAAGAUAUAUCUAUAAAUAUUGCCUAUAGCAACAAAAAACUGGUUGCAGUCACCAGUUUAUUUGGAAGAAAACAUAUAUGUUGAUCUAUGAAUAUGGUCUUUUGAAAUUUGUUGCAUAGCUGUUUUGAAACUAUUUUUCUCACCAGAGCACCUAAGAGGCCUGUGUGUUUAUAUAACAUGAACACUAAGAGAAUCAUAGAAGUAGUCUUAAUAGUUACAAUAAUACAUAAAUAUACAGAGUCAUUCGAUUAUAGUGGAUUUCAUUCACCUAGUUUGUCUGAGAGAAAAUGAAAGAGAGAAAAGUCAUUUUAAAAUAUUUUAUGGAGUUCAAAAGGUGAAGUUUUACACAAUCUCUGUUAUGAUGAAUAAUGUUAUGAUUAAAAUAUCACAGAGCACACGAAAUGGAUUGAUCGUUUAAUGCACUACCGUUUAUUUUUAUUAACAAGCUUCAUAGGUGAAUAUUUGUCUUUUAAGGGAACAUAACUAGAAUCUAUAAAAUGUGUUAAAGCAAAAAAAUACCAAACAAAUGUCUCAUGUACAUUCCAAUCAAAAAGAUGAUCUUGCAGACAAUUCUUUUUAUAAAGAAGGGACUACAUCUAAGAUGUUAUUUAAUCUGUUGUGUGUGCGUAAUGUCAAAAUGUGUAUUUUCCCCUGCAAAAACUGACAGUUAAUUUUACUGUUUUCAUUACGAUCUCACAUAUUGUAGUAGUGCCUGUUUUCAGAUAUUAUGUUGCUUCACAAAGUUGAAAAAAAGUGACCUUAGCAAGUGAAGAUAGCAAGUAUGAAAGAAAAAGAGCUGUUCAACAAUAGAUUUUUGUGAUUAUUAAAAUAUUACUGUAGAAUGUCAAUGAUGGUCUUUGUUUUAGCUUUGUAAAUGUUUAGAGUACAGGCCCAAACCUAAUAAA